AUGGAGCCCCUCUCUUUCCAGGAGUAUAUCUUAUCCCUGGACAUUGCAUCCCUGCCCAGGGUGCUGAAGGUUUGUUCCGGGGUGUACUUCCAAGGGUCUGUGUACGAGGUGAGCGGCAGCGAGUGCUGCUUAUCAACAGGGGACCUGAUGAAAAUUACUGGCCUUCGCCUGCAGAAGGUCACCUGCGAGGAUCCAGAGACCGGGCUAGCAACAGAGCUGCCUCUGAACUUCAAAGGGCAUUUCCAGCCCAGCCGAGACAAGCUGUCAUACACGAGCCUGAAGAAGCUUGCCAGGACCAGGCCAGCAGGGCUCCAGAACAUGCCCUUCUCCUUCACCUCAGCAGUUGACUUGACCGUGGAUGGGCAGGUCAUUCCCAAGGGCCAGCCCAUUUCCCUGCUUUCGGUGACCAGGCAUGAGGGCCAGGAGUUUGCCAACUGUACAACCACGGGGCAGGAUGGGCAGCAUUUGCUCUGCCUCCCCUUCUCCCUCCAGGGUCAGUUCUAUGAGUGCAGCGGGCAGCAGAGCUACACGCUGAGCCAGGUGCUGCAGUUGGAAGCCCUGAGGGGCCAGUACCUGAAAUGCUCUGCACUCGGCAGGCACUCACUGCUCCUCUGCCCCGUGUACGAAGUGCAGGCGAUAAUGCACAUGCGGAAGGAGGUGGUGAAAAUCCCCUCCACCCUGGAAGUGGAUGUGGAGGAUGUCACCGAGGAGUCUCAACACAUCCACUUCAUCAAGCCGCUGAUGCUGAGCGAGGUCCUGGGGCUGGAGGGGGCCUUCCCCAUGCAGGCCGAGAUCCUGGAGGGUCCUGAGUACCCACCUAUCUUCGAGAAUGACUGGAUUCCCCGCCUGCAGAAGGGGCAGAAGAUCCAAAUCCAUGGCAAGUCCUGUGCCUGGAGGAUCCUCGCCUCAUCCAGCAAGGGCAGGAGGGGCUCCCGGCACUUCCUGCUCUCCAGCACCUACCAGGGCAAGUUUCGGAGACGCCCCCAGGAGUUCCCCACAGUCUUUGACCUGACAGCGAGUCUGGGGAAGGGUAAGUGCCUGCGGGUGGUGGUGACUAAAGACUGUGAGAGCCCCGAGGAGGAUCUGCCGUCUCUCAGCAUGGGGGACCGGCUGGAGGUGCUGCACCUGGCCAAGACCCAGGUCUGCAGGCAUGCAGAGCACAAGUCCAUCGAUGUCCUCGUGUGCAGCAGGAGCAAUGGUGAGGACGAGGAGAGCGAGCAGCUCAUGCUGCCGCUGCACCUGGAAGGCAGCUUUGUGGAAGAGGUCAGCGACAGCAGGAGAUACAGCCUCCCCGAGAUAGUGGAGCAGCUUCAGCUGCCCUGCGACGUCAAGGUGGCAACCAAGGAUUCUUCCCUUGCCAAUGACGUCCUGGGCUCUUUCUCUGCUCUGCGGCUGGAAGCGCGAAUCACUGAGCCCUUCUUAGUGACCAGCUUGUGCGAGGCGCCGUCAGUGAGCUUCCAGAUCCCCCCUCAAUGGCUGAACAUGGCCCUGUUCUUCACAGAGGAGCCUGCCCCACCGCAGACACCCCUGACAGACAGGUCAAAAGUCGAAGAGCUGACAGAAUCCUUUUAUUAUCAUUUGCUAAAGCUGAUGCCUAGCAGUGAGGCUCCCCCACCACGGCCCCCCAAAAGAAGGGACGUCAGGGACAAAGCAGGCACCCAGCUAUCUGGAGCCAAAGAGGUCACUGAGAAACCAAAGCCACUGCCCCCUUUGUCCAAGUCGAAGUGCACACCCGAGGAGUCUGUGCCGCUGUCCCCCAAGCCUAGGAAUGUGAGGAGUCCCCCGACUGUCCGGAGCUCCCCGAAUGAGUACUCACCACAUCAGAUUGGCUCGCAGAUGGCCUCCAAGCCUAAGAAACCCUUCAAAGAGGCCAGAGAUGCGAAUGUCAGUGAUGGCUCUGACCACGACUAUGAACUAAUUGAUGAUGACCUUACAAAAACAAUUGAUAAAAUGCAGAAGGCUGUUCUUCACUACUAG